AUGCCGAAAGCCAAGAAGGCUGGCAAAAAGCCGAAAAAGGGUUCGGAUACGUCCGCCAAUGACACUACUGAUCAAGAGGAAUCAACGGUCACGUUCAAGGAGCCGGUAACGUCGCAGCCAGAUUAUGACGAUGAAUCGUCUUCGGAGGAAUCAUCAGAGGAAGAUGAGGAUGGCGUGUUGCUGACGGACAAGGUCGAGCAAAAGAUAUUCCAGACCCUCCUCAAAAUCAAAAACAAGAACCCGGAAAUAUACGCCCCGGAAGUGAAAUACUUCUCCGACUCGGAUUUUGAGGAUGAAGCCAAUGAAGAGGAUGGCGAAUCUAAAAAGGCCAAGGGGCUCACGUACAAGGACAUGGUACGAGAAACCCUGCUCAAGGAAGGCGCGGAGGGAUUCGAAAACGAAGAAGAUGAUGCGGAAGAACCACAAGAUGCGCAACAUGGCAGGACCUAUCAGGAGGAGCAGGAGGAUCUGAAGAAGGCGUUCCUGUCGGUCGCCGAUGAGCUAGACACAGAUGCCGACUUCUUCAAGAAAAGCAGCGCCACGGACGUGCUGCCCGAACCGCGAUUUAGCAACAGAAAGGGUGCUGCGAGAAACCUGGGAGCGGAUUCAGAGGGUCUGAUAUCCCAGUAUUGGGCACCCGAGCAGCCCAUGAACGAGGAGGAAGAGUUCCUCAAGGACUACAUCCUCAACCAGCGGUGGCGCGAGGACAAGAAAGAAAAUUAUGACUACUUAAAACGCCUGAAAGUCGAUCAGGAGGACGAAGAUCACCUGAACGAAGCUGAGGAGUUCGAGUACAAGUACAACUACAGGUUCGAAGAGGAGGGUGGCGCAAAGAUCGAGGGGCACCCGCGCAACAUCGAGGAUUCCGUGCGCAAGGUAGACGAGCGGCGGAAGAAGAAGCGCCAGGAAAAGAAGCAGCAGAAAAUGGAGGAGAAGAUACGGAGAGAGGAGGAGCUGAAACGGCUCAAGAAUCUUAAGAAAGCCGAAAUCGCAGAACGCAUAAGGGAGAUAGAGGCCAAAGCUGGCGUGAAGCUCGAUGAAGACAUCGUGGACCUCAAUGCGCCGUUCGACCCCGUGCAGCACGAGAAGGAUAUGAAGAAGAUUCUAGGAAAAGGCUAUGACAAAAAGGAUGACGACGACUGGAACCCGGCUCACGACUGCGCAGACGAGGAUGAAGAGCUGUGGUGGCUCUGUGACCACUGCAACAAGGGCAUUCCAGUCGGAGCAAAGCAUUUUGACUGCACAGAGUGCGACAACUACACCCUCUGCGAGGCCUGUGUUGUGCUAGCAAACCACGAACACUCGCGCAUGGUCGCAAAGGUGGUGCCUCCCACCUGCGCGCCGCCUAAGGAUGCCACUAAGGCCAUAGCCGAACUAGAGGACGAAUACUACAACCUUGACUAUGAGGACGUCAUUGGUGACUUGAAGGUCAGGUUCAAAUACAGGCAGGUGCAGCCAUUCAAGUGCGACCUGCAGACCAUCCUCGAAAAAAGCGACAAGGAGCUCAAUGCCAUUAUGCCCCUGAGCAAGCUUCUCGCUUAUGACGCAGAGCUGCCAGAGAAGGAGAUGAAGGUGGCGAAACGCAAGCUGGAGAAGAUGAGUAAGAAGUCGGAGACUAGCGACGGCAUGGAUCGCCGAAUGACCAAAUACAACGUAAACCGCGACAGGCUGCAGGCCUUCGGUCUGAAGGAAAAGAAGAAGGCGAAGAAAAAGAAGGAGUAA